AUGGCCGCCAGCGACAGGCAGCGCACCUGCGAUGACUACCACGUGGCGUGGAUCUGCGCCGUCGCAGACCUCGAGCUGCUGCCUGCCCGCCUGAUGCUCGACGAAGAGCACCCCGUCCCGCCGUACGACACGCACUACGACGAGAACACGUACAUCUGCGGCUCGAUCAGCGGCCAUGCAGUCGUCGUCGCGACCUGUCCGCCUGGCGAGACGGGCAACGUCAAUGCCGGGCGCUUGACGGGGUCGAUGUUCAAGACGUUUCGCAACAUCCGCAUGGCGGUGCUCGUGGGGAUCGGGGGCGGCAUCCCCGGCCCAGUCGUCUCAGAGGACUCGCUCGACAACAUCCACCUCGGAGACGUGGUAGUGGGAUGGCCCGGUGACGGCAAGCCUGCCUGCGUCUACCACGACCGUGGCAGAUCCAAGGUCGACGGGCAUUUUGAGAUGGUGGGCACGAUGCAGAACGCGGAUUGGAGGCUCACUAACGCGCUUGGCGUGCUCGCCUCAGACCACGAGCUGGGCAGGACGACGUUUGACGAUCAGCUUGCAAGGCUGCAGCGUCAUAAGAAGAAGAGGAAGUUUGCUCACCCUGGCGUCGAGCAUGAUAAGCUCUUCAAGCCUGCGUACCGCCACAAUGGCGACUACACAUUGAAGUGCACGGCGUGCGAUCCGAGCGAGCUCGUUGAGCGCCCCCAGCGGACCGAAGAGGACCAGCAGACCCUCGUCUUCCAUCGCGGGAGGAUCGCUACGGGUAACGCAGUGAUCCAGGACGGGGAGCUGCGGGACGAGAUUGGCGCGCGGUGCGACAGGGCGCUCUGCGUGGAGAUGGAAGCAGCAGGCGUCGAUGCCAACCGACGGUGCCUGGUCGUCCGCGGCAUCUCCAACUAUGCGGACUCGCACAACAGCGACAUGUGGAGGUCACACGCUGCGGGCAACGCAGCUGCCUUUACGCGAGAGCUGCUGUGCAGGGUGCAGCCAGACACGGUCAAGAAGAUGGAGGGGAUGUCCGAAGCGCCGUGGCUUGUUCCUCUGCCGAGACCGCGUUCCUUUGUCGGCCGAGAGGCACAGCUGGCUCGACUUAAUGCACACAUCUCGUCGCAAGACUGUCGUCGACUUGCUGUUUACGGCCUCGGCGGGUGUGGUAAGACGGCCCUUGCCCUCGAGACGGCUUACCGGACAAGAGAGCAGCACCCCAUGCGCGCCGUGUUCUGGGUGCCAGUGGUCAGCCAGGCAAGCUUCGAGCAGGCGUACCGAGAGAUAGGCGAGCUGCUGCGCAUACCGGGCAUCGCAGACGCUGAGGCUGACGUGAAGCAGCUGGUCAAGGCGAGACUGAGCGAUGAAGGGUUCGGGCAGUGGCUGAUGGUGGUUGACAAUGCAGACGACGUUGGUGUUCUGUUUGAUGCGUUCGAAAAAGAAGGCGGCGCAGACCGAUUAGUUGACUACCUUCCACGCAGCCGCAAAGGCUCCUUCGUCUUCACCAGUCGGACGCGGAAGGCUGCAGUGAAGCUGGCCGAGAGCGACAUCAUGGCACUGAGCGAGCUCGAGCAGCAAGAAGCAGAGGAUAUGCUAAGGCAGCGUCUACCUGGGAAAGAGCUGCUUGAGAGCAAUGAGGUUGUCCAUGAGUUCCUCACGCUCCUCACCUACCUUCCUCUUGCCAUCGUGCAGGCAGUGGCUUUUGUUGUUGGGAACAACGCUCGCCUCUCCGACUACAUCGCUAUCUAUAAAAGCAGCGAGACAGAGGCUACUGAUCUCCUCAGCAAAGACUUCGAAGACCAAGGCAGAUACCGGCAGAUCAAGAACCCAGUGGCGGUGACGUGGUACAUCUCGUUCAGCCAAAUCCGAGAGCGAAACAGGCUGGCUGCAGCGUAUCUGUCUCUGAUGGCGUGCACGACCGGCGAGGAUGUUCCCGCAUCACUGCUGUGGCCGGGCAGUACGAUGCUUGCAACUACGGAGGCGCUUGGAACGCUAAGCGCAUAUGCCUUUGUUACCGAACGCCAGCAACAGCAGAGUGCAACGGGAGCACAACACCGCGAGUGGGCGUUCAAUGUCCAUCGGCUGGUUCGCCUAGCCACUCACAACUGGCUCAAAGAGCAUGGGUGGUGGCCCAUCUGGCCGCGCAAGGCCUUGGCGCGGCUGGUAGAGGUUGUACCCUUUGGAGAGCACGACACACGAGAGGCGUGGACGGCGUAUCUGCCCCACGCUGUGCAUGUAGCGGGUCUGCCCGAAGUGUACGAUGCUGAGGAGAGAGUGUCGCUGCUAGAGAGGGUGGGGCGGUGCGAGCAGACGCUAGGUCGAUACAGAGCAGCGGAGCGGGCCCAUCGACAAGUACUCGAUCGAAGGGAGAGGGCGCUGGGCAAGAAGCACUUGGAUACGCUGACGAGCAUGAAUGAGGUGGGUGUGGCACUGAGCGACCAGGGAAAGUACGCAGACGCCGAGCAGAUGCACCGAGAGACGCUGGCACUGAAAGAAGAGGUGCUAGGCAAGAAGCACCCAGAGACGCUGACAAGCAUGAACAACCUGGCGGGGGCACUGAACUGCCAGGGAAAGUACGCAGACGCCAAGCAGAUGCACCGAGAAACGCUGGCACUGAAAGAAGAGGUGCUAGGCAAGAAGCACCCAGAAACGCUGACAAGCAUGAACAACCUGGCGGGGGCACUGAACUGCCAGGGAAAGUACGCAGACGCCACGCAGAUGCAUCGAGAAGAGCUGGUACUAAGAAACGAGGUGUCGGGCAAGAGGCACCCGCACACACUGAUAAGUAUGAACAACCUAGCACUGGCACUGAGCCGCCAGGGAAAUUAUGCAGACGCCGAGCAGAUGCAUCGAGAGGCGCUGGCACUGAAAGAGGAGGUGCUAGGCAAGAAGCACCCAUCAACGCUGACAAGCAUGAACAACCUGGCGGGGUCACUGAGCCGCCAGGGAAAGUACGCAGACGCCGAGCAGAUGCACCGAGAGGCGCUGGCACUGAAAGAAGAGGUGCUAGGCAAGAAGCACCCAAAGACGCUGACAAGCAUGAGCAACCUGGCGGGGGCACUGAGCAACCAGGGCAAGUACGCAGAGGCUGUGCAGAUGCAUCAAGAAGAGCUAGUACUAAGAGAGGAGGUGUCGGGCAAGAGGCACCCGCACACACUGACAAGCAUGAACAACCUAGCACUGGUACUAAACCGCCAGGGAAAGUACGCAGACGCCGAGCAGAUGCAUCGAGAGGUGCUAGGCAAGAAGUACCCAGAGACGCUGACGAGCGUGCGCAACCUGGCCCUUCUCGCGUAUCAAUAG